UCCCAGUUAUUUUCUAUUUCACUCCUAGUCUCACCCCUCUCGCGGUCCGUUCUCCAGACGCAGCAGCUCGGCUGGUAUACGCCUAUUCCCGGCCAACCACCCUGUCCCACAGAGAGAAGAGAAAGAAUACGUGGGACGAAAGAUAAAGUAUCCUAGCUUGUAGUUUAGAUUUAUCCAGGACAAUCAGAGCGGAUAGGUUUCUCCAUCGACACAGAAAGAAACCCCGCCUUUACUCGUCUCGCGGUACCUCAACUUCUCCCACCUACUCUUUCUUUUUAUCUCAAUCCUUCAUUCUAUUAAAAUUGUUUUUGACUGGAUGGAAAGAUGUGGAUAAACUGCGGAAGUGGUCAGGUCGGACCCUAAUCUAAAACAACGAGACACCCGGGCCGUCACGAACGCAGCAGGCAGAAUAUAUUCAACAGGACGGAGCUAUACUUUCUCUGGCUGGAUUUGAUUUUCUGCUCAGCGGUCGAACUUUCUGAAAAUUGCAUAUAGGCUACCGCUGUCUGUUCUGUGUGCUCUAACUCAAAGUCUCAUACAUCGCCUUGGACCUCAGUGAGAGGGGAUUGGGACCAAAUAUGGUGUCCAGUCUGAGCGAGUGGUUCUGGAAUGAGCGGCUGUGGUUCCCUGAGGGGCUGGGUUGGGCUGACCUGGAGGACAAAGAUGGCCGUGUCUACGCCAAGGCCAGCGACCUUUGGGUGGUGCUACCCAUCGCCCUAGCCUUCCUCGUAAUACGACAGAUCUUCGAGAGGUUAGUGGCCACCCCACUGGCUGCUGUCAUGGGGGUGAAGGAGAAAGUUCGGCUCAUAGUCUCACACAACCCCACACUGGAGUCCUUCUACUGUAACACAACCAAGAACCCCUCACAGAGUUCUAUAGACAGUCUGUGUAAGCAGACAGGUUGUUCAGAGAGACAGGUGCAGAGAUGGUUCAGGAGACGCAGGAACCAGGACCGACCCAGUCUACUGAAGAAGUUCAAAGAGGCCAGUUGGAGAUUCACCUUUUACCUUCUUGCUUUCAUUGCUGGCCUGGCUGCCCUCAUUGACAAACCCUGGCUGUAUGACUUUAAGGAGAUGUGGCAGGGCUUCCCUAUUCUGACUCUCCUGCCGUCUCAGUAUUGGUACUAUAUGAUAGAGCUGGGUUUCUACGUCUCUCUAAUCUUCAGUGUGGCAUCAGACGUCAAACGGAAAGACUUUAAGGAGCAGAUGGUUCACCAUAUGGCCACCAUCUUCCUCAUCAGUUUCUCCUGGUGUGUCAACUACAUCAGAGCGGGCACACUCAUCAUGCUGCUGCACGACUCCUCCGACUAUUUACUGGAGUCCGCUAAGAUAUUCAUCUAUGCUGGAUGGAGAAACACCAGUAACUACGUCUUCUUCCUCUUCGCUGCCGUCUUCAUCUUCACUAGACUCUAUAUCUUCCCCUUCUACAUCAUUUAUUCUACGUACAUUUAUCCAAUGACUAUGUACUCUCCGUUCUUUGGAUACUACUUCCUGAAUUUCCUUAUGAUGGUGCUGCAGUGUCUCCAUAUCUUCUGGGCCAUCCUCAUACUGCGUAUGGCCGUCCGCUUCCUGAGCAGCGAUGAAAAGGUGGAGGACGAGAGGAGCGAUAAAGAAGAGACAGACGAGUCAGGGGAGGAAGAGGAGUGGGAGGAGAAGAAAGGUGCGGUGCAGAAUGGUCACGCCGCUCACAACAACCACCGCAAGACGGAGUAAUGAAAACGUGUGCCAGGAAGUAAGAGUGUGAAGAAUUCACAUUCCUCACUCAUCAGAG